UGACUGUUUCCUGUGGGCUGGAGGAGCCUGGAGGGGGCCGGUCCUCUGCGCCUUCCGCCGCCCCGCUGAGUGCGUGUCAGGCGGGCGGAGCAGCUCACAGCCAGGCAGACUCCCGGAGGAAGAGAGCAGCGGUCGGGGUAAUGCAGAGGACGGGACGGUGAUUGGUCUUCCGCAGAGGACGUGGCAGCAGACGGAUUCGAAGUUGUUGACAGCGGAAAUGAGUAGGACUGAAGCGCCAGGGUCCACCGGCCCCCCGGGUAGCGGACCCCAGCCCCCGGGCAGCCCGCUGGGUCCGCCGGCCCCCUUGGACAUGGACGACGAGCCCCAGUCGUCGCUGAUGGAAGUCUCCCAGAUGUGGACUAACUUUGGACGGACGUUUCUCCUCAUCUUCCCCAUCUACGUGCUGGGGUACCUGGAGUUCAGCUUUAGCUGGGUUCUGGUGGGACUCGCCGCGUUCUUCUGGUGGAGGAAGAACCAUGGGAUGAAGAACUACCGGAUUAACCGAGCGCUGGCCUUCCUGCAGCCGGGGGAGGCGGUGGAGAAACGCACUCGGCUGCCCACCGCGGACCUCCCUCCCUGGGUCCAUUUCCCAGACGUGGAGCGAGUGGAGUGGCUGAACAAGACGGUGAAGCAAAUGUGGCCGUUCAUCUGUCAGUUUGUGGACAAGCUGUUCCGGGAGACGAUCGAGCCGGCGGUGCGGAGCGCUAACCCCCACCUCAGCUCCUUCUGCUUCACCAAGAUCGACCUGGGGGACAAGGCUAUCAGGGUGAACGGAGUGAAGGUGUACACAGAGAACGUGGACAAGAGGCAGAUCAUCAUGGACCUGCAGAUCAGUUUCGUCGGGAACACGGAGAUCGACGUGGACAUCAAGAAGUACUACUGCCGGGCCGGGAUCAAGAGCAUACAGCUCCAGGGGGUCCUCAGGGUGGUGAUGGAGCCGUUGCUAGGCGACAUGCCGCUGAUUGGAGCGCUGUCCGUCUUCUUCCUCAAGAAACCUUUGCUUGAUAUAAACUGGACGGGCCUUACAAAUAUGCUGGAUAUUCCCGGUAUCAAUGGUCUAUGUGACUCUAUCAUCCAGGACAUCAUCUAUGGUUACCUCGUUCUCCCCAACCGCCUCACCAUCCCUCUGGUGGGCGAUGACCAGCUGGCCCAGCUCCGCUUCCCCCUCCCUCAGGCGGUGUUGCGGAUCCACCUCCUGGAGGCCCGGGACCUGGUGGGGAAAGAUAAGUUCCUGGGGGGUCUGAUCAAGGGGAAGUCGGACCCCUACUGCGUGGUCAUGAUGGGCAACAAGGAGUUCAAGAGCAAGGUGGUCCACGAGACAGUCCACCCAAAGUGGAACGAGGUCUACGAGGUGUUGGUGUAUGAUCACACCGUCAAGCAGCUGGAAAUCGAAGUCUUCGACGAAGACACUGAUAAAGAUGACUUCCUGGGACGUUUGAUGAUCGACAUGGCAGAGUUAGAGAAGGAGAAGAAAGUGGAAGAGUGGUUUGAUCUGGAGGAAGUGGCCACGGGGCAACUCCACCUGAAGCUGGAGUACCUGUCUCCUGGCUCCACCCCCGACCACCUGGACCAGGCGCUGGCGGGCAUCAAGGCGGCCCGCGGCCAGGCCAACGACGGCCCCUCCUCCGCCGUGCUGGUGGUGUUCCUGGACUCGGCACGCAACCUCCCGAGCGUCUUUGAGGGGAACUUGGGCUCUGGGUUCUUGAAGGAGCGGCGUGACGCUGGUCUGGUCUUCUGUGAGAACACGUCCUCCCUGUAUCGGACUCUGUUCCGCAACCCGUUAGAGUUCAACCAGGAGGGGCUGAAGAGGGCCUCUGUCAGUAAAGCCAUCAAGUCGGGUAAGAAAGUGAGCAGUGACCCCAACCCUUUCAUCCAGUUCAGAGUGGGACACAAAUCCUUCGAUAGCAAGAUCCGAUACAAGACCAACAGCCCAGUGUGGGAGGAGGCCUUCACCUUCCUCAUCCACAACCCGCGGGCCCAGGAGCUGGAGGUGGAGGUGAAGGAUGAGAAGCACAGCUGUACUCUGGGCAUGCUGGUUCUGCCGCUGAGCCGGCUGCUGGCCGCCCCGGAGAUGACCCUGAACGAGGCGUUCCCGCUCAAGAACUCGGGGCCCGGCUGCAGCGUCCGCAUGAAGGCCGCGCUCCGGGUGCUCUCCCUGGACAGGACCGCCCCCUCCCCGGACGACUCCGCCCCCUCCUCGGUCCAGGGCGGGAAGGGCACCGCGAGCAGCCCCGGCAUGAGCCCCGCCUCCCCCCAGCGGGGUGACCCCCCGCCGGGGGUCCUGGACGAGGUCCCGGGAGGACGAGGAGCAGGGAGAGGUCUGGGGGAGGCGGGCCGGAGCAGCUCUAACCUGGCCAUCUCGGGCUCCCACCUGUACCUGGCCGGGGGGGCGGGGGGCAAGGAGCCCACCCCCAGCAUCGCCUCGGACAUUUCCAAUCCCUACGCCGAGCAGGAGCUAAGGCAGAGGCUGCACCAGCUGCUACCCAAUGGGAGUGGUCCUCCUCCUCUCGGGGAGAUCCAGCUGACAGUGCGACACAGCUCCCAGAGGAACAAGCUUGUGGUGGUAGUCCACUCCUGCAGGAACCUGAUAGCCUUCACGGACCACGGCUCAGACCCCUACGUCCGUCUGUACCUCCUGCCAGACAAGCGGCGGUCGGGGCGGAGGAAAACCCCGACCCAGAAGAAGAACCUGGCCCCGGUGUACGACCAGACGUUUGAGUUCAGUGUCUCCAUGGUGGAGCUUCACAGGAGGACUCUGGACGUGGCGGUGAAGAACGGAGGCGGACUUCUCUCCAAACACAAGGGCCUUCUGGGAAAAGUUCUGGUGGAUCUGACCUAUGAGGACAUCGCCAAGGGUUGGACCCAGUGGUAUGAUCUCAGCGAGGACGGACUGAGGAAGACACAACAACUGUGAUCAUCACAAGCAUCAUUCUCCCCCCUCCUCCUCCUCCUCUUCUGGAGCAGAGUCACUGACUUUUCCAACAAAGUUCAUACUUUAUUUUACUCUUGAUUUGAUAAUUUGUUGUAAAAACACAGAUAAGGGAACAUUGAUCUGAUGAUAAGAUAAAUAUCAUAGAUAAUAAAUUAUGUUUAAGGUAUGAACGUGAAAUAGGUAGAAAGGAAGCCUUUAAGGACUGUUGAAACAAAGUAAUUCAUACAUUUACUGAGGGAUCCCAUCCAACUUGUAAAUAUGUACACUGAUGACAGACAAAACAGAAAGUAUAUUCUCCCAAAGAAAGAGCUCUAUUCUUAUCCUAUCUUUUCUUUCUCAAAAUAGUAAUUUGCUACUUUUACUUUUUUAAUGGCAAUUGCAAAAAAUAUAUUCUGGCCUCCGCCCAGCUCAACCAAAGAGAAGCGCGGUUCAUCUUUAGGGCUAAGCAGCUGCAAAGAAAUCCAAACGCAACCAUCUAGUUAGGCCAACAAGCUAGUUAGCAAGCACCAACUCGGCUAACUAAUUAGCUAAAACACCAACUGACAUAGUAGUUAGCUAACAAGCACCGACUCACAUAACAAGUUCGCUAACGAGGAUAAUGACCUCGCAGUGGUUCUUCUGGAUCCUAAUUUGGGGCCUCAUUCCAGUGUGUUAACUGACCAGGUAUUAUCAACAUAUGGGUAUAUAUUCAAUACAUAACACCCAAAGCUACACUGACUUGCUGAGCAAGACAAGGUUUUGGAUCACCCCCGGAGUUACUGUUUUCUUAUAUUUUUAAUUGUUUGAUUGUUUGGUCUAAAAUAUUAAUGUGUUGCUUGGGGUAUCUCACUGCUCACCACAAAGUAAAAGCAUUAAGCGUUCUUUAAGAUCCAAAAUGUUCCCCAGAUGUUUGUUAGCGGUGCCUCGGUCCAGCCAAUGAUAAACUCUCGCUCAAGUGUUAACCUGUAGCCAACUUGUAGGGCAACACUAUAGUGGCUCAGAGGCUUUGUGAUGGCGUGACAGCGUGGCGUGGCUACAUGAACACGAGGAUGAGGACAGUAAGGGAAUGCGGAGGUUAAGUGUUUCUCGGCCAAAUCUGUACAACAGUUUCUGUUCUCUCUGUGUGAUGUUUUUUAAUACGAUCACAUUUCAGCCAAACGAAAACCUUGUAAAAAUUAUUGUAAAAAAAGUUUCAUCUUAA